CCGUGCUGUACUACGGAUUCAAAUCCUGGGACGACUUCUUCACCAGACAGUUCCAGCCUGGCGUGCGGCCCGUCAUGUACCCAGAGGACAGUUCGAUCGUUAAUAGCGCUUGCGAGUCGACUGCUUACUGUAUCGCUUCCAAUGUCCAAGCCCUCGACAACUUCUGGCUUAAAGGCGAGCCGUACUCGCUUAACCACAUGCUUAACAACGACCCUCUCGCUCCCCAGUUCGUUGGGGGGACCGUUUAUCAGGUUCUCCUGAACUCCAUGAAAUACCACCAAUGGUACAGUCCAGUGAACGGCACGUUGUGAAGACCGUUAUGAUCCCAGAGAUGUAGUAUGCCGAGUCUCCCGCUAUGGGAUUCCUGAACCCUCCCCCCCAGCGCUUCAAAUCGCUCGCAAGGGUUCAUCACCACUAUAGCCACUCACGCACUCAUCUUCUAAUCCCAGCAUCGGCUUCAUGCGGUGGGAAUGGCGGCGUGUGAGAUCACCAUUAGUGAAGGUCAGACGAUCGCAAAGGCCGUCGAGACGG